AAUUUACCUUAGACGAAGUCAAAUAAUUUAUCAACAUCUUUCCAUCUCACUUAUCAAGGCCUCAUUAAUUUGCUGGUCUUGCCAUUUCCUUUCAAUAUCCAAACAUGUCAUCACUUUAUAAUCUCGAGCCUCAACCUACCGCUUCAUGUAUUCUCCAUACCACCUCCGGCGAUAUCUCUCUCGAGCUUUGGGCGCAACAAGUCCCCUUAGCAUGUCGUAAUUUUCUGCAACAUUGUCUUGAUGGUUACUAUGACAAUACUAUCUUUCAUCGAUUGGUACCGGGCUUCAUUCUACAAGGUGGUGAUCCUACUGGUACUGGAUCCGGUGGAGAAUCUAUCUAUGAUGGCGGCGAAUUUUCAGAAGAAAAUGGUAUAUGGCCUAUGGAAGAGCGAAAAGGCCAAAAUGCGGGACCGAGAGGAGUGGGAUUUAAGGAUGAAUUUCAUAGUAGGAUAAAGUACAAUAGGAGAGGAUUGUUGGGUAUGGCAAAUGAAGGGAGGGAUACGAAUGGGAGUCAGUUUUUUCUGACUUUGGGUGACACUCCGGAGUUGACGGGGAAGAAUACUCUGUUUGGUCGUGUGGAGGGAGAAACGAUUUACAACUUGGCGAGGAUGGGAGAGGCGGAGUGUGGUGAUGGGGAGAGACCGUUGUAUCCUACGAAAAUUACAGGGGUGGAAAUUUUGGUUAAUCCGUUUAAGGAUAUGGUUAGGAGGGAGAGGGUCGCAAAAAUUGCGAUGCCUGAGAAGAAGGCUCCGGAGAAAAAAAAGAAGCGGAAGGCUGGAAAACAAUUGUUGAGUUUCGGGGACGAUGGGGAGGAGGGUGUGGAGGAACCGGUGGUUAAGAAAAAGGCGAAGUUUGAUACGAGGAUUGUAAUGGAUGAUGAAAAUCUAGAUAUUGAACCCGAACCAGAACUCAAGGCCAAACCCGCGUCGAAAAAGAAAGCACCAAAAUCACGAUCAUCAGAAUCUCCUAAAUCAUCGCCAGAACCAGAAGAGAGAGCAGCUCCUAAAUCUCUGCCUAAUAGAGCCGCAAAAUUUGAUCGAGAUAUUUCCUCCUCUCCAGAACCUCAAGUCCAAAAGGUAACGUCUUUGCUAGAUCGAACAAAUGCACAAAUUGCAGAACUCAAAGCAUCCAUGAAACGAAACGUUCAAACAGCCUCUGAGCCUGAAAAGAAGAAAUCUGCGUUGGAAGCAAUGAUACCAGCAACAUCUGUCCGCGGACGAAAACGUAAUGCGAAUGGAAAGUCAAAUACAAGUAACGAUCAAGCAUCCCUAGAUAUCCUACGAGCAUUUCGAGAAAAGUUAGAAGCUGCCCCGCCUGAAAAAGAAGUGGCUAAACCUGCAUCACACGAAGAUGCUGAAGCCAAGCCCGGUGAAAAUGGAACAGCCGAUGACGAAGAAGCUGCAUUAUGUGAUUUACACUUCAUCGCGAAUUGUCAGUCUUGUCAAUCAUGGGAAGUGCAAGGGGAAGAAGAAGAGGACGACGAUUUUAAUGAUAAGGGAUGGAUGUCACAUGCGUUAAGUUUCAAGGAAGAUAAAUUAGGCAAGGAUCUUAGUUAUAGGAAGAAAGCCGAGGAGGAGUUAGUGGUUAUUGAUCCUAGAGAGAAAGCUAAAACGCUGAAGGAGGAAAUGAAGGCGAAGAGGGAAGCGAAGGCUGGAGGUUCAACGGGGAGGGAAUGGGAUAUUAAGAGGAAUGAGAAAUUGGCGAGGGGAUCGGCGUUGGCGGGGAGAGGAGCUAAAUAGUUGAUUGGGAUUGGGAGUUGUUUGGUGGGCGUUGCUUUGAUACCCGGAGUAGUAAGUGAGAGGUUUAAUGGCGAUGAUGAUGAGAGAUGUGAUCCAUGGGUAUAUGAUCCAUACCUUAGCCUCCGGAGUAGUAGAGCGGGAAAAUGCUGUCGGUUAUGAUAGGAGAGUUGGAAUUAAUUAUAGUAUAUCCUCCUUUCCAUGCGCCACCCAGUGUGUUUGGCGGAUUUGCAAUUGGGUGUGUGGAUUUUGAGGUUGAGGCUGAGAUUAAUCGCAGGGUGUUGAUUGUUAUCUACUUGGUUAAUCGGUGAUGGGUGUUGGGUUGUUACGUUGUUAGGGGAGUUGUGGGUUGUGGGUUGUGAAUAGUAGAUAGUAGAUAGUUGUCAAUAU